ACUUGGUUUGGCUGUUGCGAAUCGCUUCCAGAAGCACCACGCCAACUUUCCGGCUCCUCCUUCCUCAUUCCCUCACCUGACUUGACUGUGCUCAGCACUCCGUUUGUCGUCAUCAUCCCCCUUCCCCACACACUCGCACAACAGCAAGCAGGGCGCUGGGGGCAAGCGGAGAACCAGGAUCGUUCCCUUUGGGUGGGCUGGUGUUUGCUCCACCAGCGUUGCAUGAGCUGGCUUCCCUCCUUCUCCCCAUCAUCUGUAUUUAUUAUCGGUACGAGGAUCAACCUCAGGCACAGCACACAAGAAGAACUGUUGCUGCGCCCCUUUUGCUCCGGCGAUCUCGCGCUGUCAAGUGUCCAGCGCAACAGCAAUCCAACAGGACCGGCGACAUGCGCCCCGGUUCGCGUUUUGCGUGUGCUGUGAUGGCGGUGGCAUGCACCCUCGCUUGCUGCACGUUCCUCCCUUCUGUUGAAGGGGGAAGCCUUCGUGUGGUGUUGGAGCGCGUGAUUCAGCGUGAAAACGCAAGUGUGGAGGCAGCAGUGUCAGGGCAGCAGGACACAUACACCUUCUUUGCAGCUUCGAAUGAUGAUCCCCCACAGCAAUUUACGUGGGCCACAGGCAUCAAGCCAGAGGAUGCAGUGUCAUUGCGAAUCAGGGAUAGCUCGACGCAACCAGCAGCACAGGCCACGGCGCAGGCAUCGCCACCGCGGCUGUGGUCCAUCACUGUGCCCGACUGGAACGAAACCGUCAACCUCCGGCUUCACUACACACCAUAUAACCCGUGCUCGAACGCGUCCGCGACGCCGUGCACCACGCCACCAAACACGACGUGUGUGUUUGAGGGCGUGGACGGCGCGUACGCAUGUCAGCCACCGUCACCUCUCACGGACACCAACAACAACGGCACCAACAACAACCCUGACCCAUCAUCACCACCAUCAUCAUCAUCGUCGUCGUCGUCGUCGUCGGUGUCUGCGUCGGGGGCCGUGACGCCGAGCACGGCUGCGCUGACGCCUGUUGACCUCAACUACGAGACGCUCACGGAAGACCAGCCGCGGUUGGAGACCCAGACCAUCAUCAUUGUUGGCUUCAUCUCCAUCCUCAUCGCCGUGCCGCUGGUGGUGGUCUUCCUCCUCCUGCGCAGCCGCAAACUGGACAAUGCCGCCCGCUCCCGCUCGUCGUCGCGUGCACGCCACCGACGCCGCUCACAGGGCAGCGGCAGCUCCGACAUGCGCACGCGCCGCAACGCCGUGUCCACCCACAUCACUCCGACACCCUCCACCGUCCGCGCGACACACAAACGCGCAGGCAGCAUCCUCGCGCCCCUCAUCCCACGCGGCGCUGGCAGGGGUGGGGGCGGCCCAACGCAGGGGGAGCAGCUCGCCGCGAGUGACGUUGGCAGCGCAGAUAUGAGCACGGCGUCGGUUGCGUCGCCGCUGCCACCAAUGGUGCACGUGCGAGACAUGCACGCGGACCCGAAGAGCCACGAGUACAAGGAGUAUGUUCGCAUGCAGAAGCGCAUCAACAGCCGCCGACACGACCCGGAUGGUGAUGGUGACGGCGACAGCGGCGGUGUUAAGGACGAGUACAGGGACAUCUACGUUGCUGAUGCGUAUCAUCGCAGUGACGGCCCCAGCAGCAGCGGGAACAGCAAGAGCAACAGCGGGCGUGCAAGCAGCUCGGCAGCAACAGCAGGGAUCGGUGAUGCGCUGCUCUCGCUUGUUGAUCCGCCCAGCCCUGGGUCAACCACAAGCAUGGACGCGGCACUCGACACAAUCAACUCGCCACUGCCGCGCCGCCUGGACGACAUGGAUGAGGUCAUCAUCUCCAUGCAAGGACAGGAGCGGACGCACAGUCCGAUGACUGCACCCUCGGACCAGCUGCUCACGUCACCGCCCCCGCAGCACCAGCCCCGAGGCAGCAACGCGCGCAGGGGCACGCAGCCCUUGCGAAGACAGAGCAACCCAACAACAGCAACGGCAGGAGCUGCUGCAACGGGCGUGGUCCAGGCAGGGGUCGCGUCGACGUCAUCAAGGACCGCACCACCGCGGCGGUCAUCAUCCCCACCCACACUCAUUUCGCGUCGUCCCACGUCGCAUGAUGCCACGACUGUCGCCCCAAAUCGCCCCACCGCAACCACCAACAGCAACACCAGCAGCACUAGCAACACCAACACCAACCCCAACACCAACAUUAACAGCAGCAAUGAGGACAAUGAGGAUGACGUUGCGCAUGAGGACGGAGUGACAUCGGGGAGUCUGCUUGACCACUCGCCACCACCAGCGCUGUCCGCGCGGCGGCAGUACCCGGUCACCAACAGCGGCGACCGCCCUGCGCACCCAGCACGGGAGCAGGUCGAGGAUGGUGAUGGCGAUGAUGGAGGGGUGGUGCCGGCGUCGUCUUUGGCCGUCGCUGACACGGCGCAACCGCAACAACAGCAGAAGCAGCAGAAGCAACAGCAGAAGCAGCAGAAGCAGAAGCAACAGCAGCGGCAAGAGGAGCCGGCUUCCCCAUCACAGCUGCAGUCUUCCCUGAUGCAGGCGCUGACACGCGCGCAGAUGCGACGCGUGGAGGUGAGCGGGAGCAAGCUAACGCCACGCGCGGGGCGGCACCGCAGCCCGAGCAAGCGAACAGCACCGCAGCGACGGCAGUCCACCACAGCUGUUGUUAGCGGUGAUGGGGACAGGUCGUCCGUGGCCUCAUCGUCGUCAUCAUCGUCAUCAUCAUCAUCCUCAUCGGCUGCCACAGCUGCAAAGGCAAAGGCAAGGGCAGCGAUUGCUGCAGCAACAACGGCCAGACCUGCUGCGACCAAGGCCAACAUGCGUGUGCUGACAAGCGAGCGGGUGCGUUCUGCCUCUGAUCCGCUGUCGCCGGGAAAGCGAACACGCCCAGCUGCGGCCUCGUCGUCGUCAUCACGAAGACAGGACAGACCACGCGGCACGCCACGCAAGCUGCCCACGCCGACCAGGCUCAACACCAGCAGCACCAGCAACAACAGCGCGCGUGCGGCCAAGGGUGGAGAUGGUGGGGGCGAUGGUUGUGAGCAGAGCGUGCUGUCAACCUCGCGUGGUGAGGCAGGGGCGAGCGCAGCAGACGGUGUGGCGACAACCACUGGCGGGGAGGGCGGGCGCCCAAAGCUGAGCCCCAUUGGCACCGUGUUCCGCUGCAAAGACGCGGGUGUGCGGCUGGUGAUUGAGGAGCCGUCUGAGAGCGUCCUGCGCACGUCGUCGAUGCUGUCACGCCACCGCCGCGCCACGAUGGACACGGCGCAGCUCGCCCACCACCACCGCCCUCACCACCACGGUGAUGUCGACGGUGGUGACCAGGGUGGUGACGACUUGCACUCGGGAUCAGACAGCGAGAUUGACCUGUAGCAACAGUUGUUUUGGUUUCCUUUUGGGUGGUAGUGGUGUGUGUGACUGUGAGAGAGAGUGUGUGUGUGAGUGAGUGUGUGAGUGUGUGAGUGAGUGUGUGAGUGUGUGUGAGUGAGUGAGAGAGUGUGUGAUUGUGUGUGUGUGUGUGUGUGGCUUGGUAGCGGGCAUAGGUGAUUGACACCGUAAUUGAUAUCCUACAUGAUGUGACAUGUAUGUGUAUGUGUAUGUGUAUGUGUAUGUAGUUGUCUCGCUCUUGUUGCUUGUGCUGAGGAUGUGCAGUGUUGCACCUGCAAGGGGUCAUCUCACACCACCCUCGCUUCUUCUUCCUUCCUUGUCGAUUCUUUUGAUUAACUUUUUUUUUUCCACCACACAGACACACACACACAGACACAGAGACACAGAGACACAGACACAGACACAGACACAGACAC